GACCUCUCUCGGGAACCUUGGUGCAGCCCUACGUUGGCACAAAAUCAGACCGAUGCCGCUCGCGCUUCGGCAAGCGUCGUCCUUUCAUGGUUGGAGGUGCUGCCGCCACCAUUCUUUCACUCAUGGCCUUGGCAUGGACUAGAGAACUCAUUGGUGGCUUCCUGGAGCUAUGCGGUGUCGCUAGAGACAGCGAGGCGACCAGAAUUUCCACCAUCGUUUUCGCCGUCUUGAUGAUUUACAUUCUGGAUUUCAGUAUCAAUGUCAUUCAGGCUGCUAUCCGCGCCUUCAUCGUUGACCAGGCCCCGACUCAUCAACAAGACACCGCCAACGCAUGGGCUUCACGCAUGACCGGCGUGGGCAACAUCAUUGGCUACCUAUUUGGCUACGUCGACCUCCCCCGAGCAAGAGACUGGUGUUCUUGCCUUCUUCAAGGGCCUAUUCCACGCCAUGCAGAAGCUGCCGACCCAGAUCAAGGCC